AUGGAGUCCGCGAAGAGCAAUCCAUACCUUGAGCUCAUCAGAUUCUACAAGCCGACCGGGUCCAUACUAAUGUUUUGGCCAUUCGCAUGGGGUCUGACUGCCGCUGCAUACACCACUAAAAUACCCUUGGGAGAGUACGCAGUCUUAUUGAUGAAGUCCUUAUUGUCCGCCUUCAUCAUGCGGAGCUCGGCAUGCACCGUGAACGAUAUUUUCGACCGCGACCUUGAUGCCGGAGUUGAACGCACUAAGACUAGACCAUUACCCAGCGGUAGAGUUUCAGUGGUGAACGCGUGCUUGUACCUUCUGUUGCAAUACAUCAUCGGCGUGUUAUAUUUCUCGACACUCAGCCCUCUGGCAUUUCGAGCCGCUCUUAUCCAGCUAUUCCCAUUAUUUAUUAUCUAUCCGAUCCUCAAGCGUGUUACAUAUUGGCCGCAAGCAUGGCUUGGCUUUGCUAUGAACUUCGGCAUUGUGGUUGCCUACGUCCAAGUACUUCCAGCUGCCAACCGAAAUCUACUGAGUUUCAUGUUGGCGGCAGCAUGGUGUUGGACCGUGUACUAUGAUACCAUCUACGCCUGUCAGGACAUCCGGGACGACAUAAAAAUGGGUAUCCGGUCGACUGCUCGACUCUUCGGUUCUAGAAUCCGACUGGCCCUCACUAUGCUCACUCUCGGGCUGGUAGGCUUGCUUACUUUAGUGGGCCGGGUAAACAACCAGAGGCUCCCGUAUUUCUUGGUUAGUGUUGGCGGGGGCGGGCUGCACCUAAUGUGGCAACUCUGCACGCUCAACUUGGCGGUCCCGAACAGCUGCUGGAUCGCCUUCAAACGAAAUGGUCAAUUUGGUUUGAUUGUCUGGGCUGGUAUAUUCAUAGACUAUGUGAAGACAAUUUAG